AUGAUAUAUGGAUGGGUACAAGACAGAUUUACCAGACAUGACCGCCUGGAAGGGCGCGGAGGUUCCGGCAAUAACGCCGGAGGUGACGACCUCCAGGCCCUUUUACCUUCUUGCAACAGGAAUGGAAGAAGUAACAGAUCUCAGGCUUUGGGAAACAUAAAUCACAAUUUGGCAAGUAGUCGAUGUUCCUUAUCCAGUGAUCAGCAAUCAGUAACUCCAACUUCAGAUUUGGACGCAGGAGUUUUUGCAGCAGGAGAAACUAGUGACAGUGAUUCGCCUGUGCCUCCUGAAAGACCACGGGCUCAAGGACAAAGGCCGCCUCUCGAUUUACCUCCAAAACCAGUAGAAAACGACAUAGAAACAAAAGAUCUACUAAAAACCAACUCGGUGGAUCAAAGAAGACCAUCCUUAGACGACAUUAAAAAAAAUCCAGGAUGUCGAUGGCGACCAAGAGGAUGAAGGUUCUUAUGGUGCACCCUGUGGAUUAGGAUUACUUGAGAGAUUGCUGAGGUCGCACCCUGUUUGGUUUUUGCCUGGAAUCCAGAGAGCUGGUGCUGUGCAUUUGUUGCA